AUGACGGCGUCGCAGCCAUUGUCAGCGCCAUGCAAGACGUCGACAUUCGCGAUUCGCAGUCUCCGCAUUCCGCGCAUUGCACUCAAUCUGUCGUUAGAUCUCGCUGUUCCAACGCCUUUGGAUGAAGCGGGCCCGAUAAAGCGAUAAGUCGCGGGGUGGUCGCGCCAAUCGAAGCUCCCAUCGCCAUCGCCAUCGUCAUGUCCGAUUCCGUGGACCGCGUGUUCAGUCAUGCCCUCAACACAGUCAAUAAGAUCCGCACCGGGUCGCAGAAGCCGCCGUCGGCAACCCGAUUGCAGCUGUACGGGCUGUACAAGCAGGCCAUGGAGGGCGAUGUAGACGGCAUCAUGGAGAGGCCCGAAGGCCAGACCGAGGAAGUGAAGCGGGCGCGCGAGAAAUGGGACGCGUGGAAGCAGCAGAAUGGCCUGUCUAGGACCGAGGCGAAGAGGAGAUACAUCACCACACUUAUCGACACGAUGCACAAGUACGCCUCGCCGUCACCCGACUCACGGGAGCUGGUCGCAGAGCUCGAAUUUGUAUGGGACCAGGUCAAGUCCAACGUGCCUUCCUCGUCGUCUUCAUCGCCUCUGCAGAGCCAAACACUCAGCUCGAUGGGGCUGCACAUCCCACCAGACUACCAGGGUUUCGCCACCAGAAGGAGCGAUCGAGGGAAAGCACGAGCCGUGGGCUUGGGCAACGAACCCGAUGAAGACGACGAAGGCCCGCUGCAGAUCAAGAGCCCUAUGAGCCAAAGCGAGGAAGACCUCGAGCAGGACGAAGCAGACGCCGAGCGCGAAGAAGAGUUCGUUGAUGCGCCGGACUCGCAGUACAACCCCCACUCGGAAGACGCCGCCGUGCAGGUCAAUCUCAGGCCCCAGGAACCCCUGCCAUACACUCCCUCGAAGCCUCCACAACAGCGCAGCUUCAUAUCCCGUCUUACACCAGCCAUCAUUCCCGCGUCUGCGCCGCACCCGCCGUACGAGUCCGCUGCCGACAAAAAGUGGCGUGCCCGCGUUGAGCAGGCCCUCGUCAAAAUGACGGCCGAGGUCGCUGCGUUACGGGAGCAGCUAGAAUCACGACGACUAUUCAGCCACUCGCGCAAGUUCCUCUUUCUGAGGUUCAUCUGGCGGAUUGUGUGGGGUAGCGUAAAACACAUUGCCAUCGACAUGUUUAUCCUGGGCAUCGUGCUGCUGUGGAUGCGGCGGAAGAAAGACCGCAGGUUAGAAGGUGCCAUACGCGUGUUGCUGGGCAACGCCGUGGCACAGGUCCAGAAGGUUGGCGGCGCGCAGCUAGGCAAAGUCAAGCUGCCCGCUUUGGUGGCGAAGAAGGGCACGAGUAAUUAAGUGGCUGGAUCGAUAUUGUUUGUAAAUAGGAGAUGCGAUUGUGACGUACUAUACGAUGACGAAAAGUAGGUGUACUCUGCCAUUCGCAUAUACCCACUGUGUUCAGUCACUGCUAUCCCGCACAGGAUCGAUAUCCUCGCAUGCACAUCGAUCACGACG